CUCAAAUGGUUAAGGAUAAGAAUGGUUAUCAUCUUCACAUGACUGAUUCUUUCUCAAAGUUAAAGUCAUCAUAUCAUUGACUUAGACUGAGAAGUUUAUAUCCAUCCUUUAUAAUUUUCUUGGUAUGCAAAUGAUAUAUAGCUAGCUAUAAGAAUCAAACAUAAAAAAGCUACCAAAUGAUGAUUUGCAGUCACAGUACUUGUUCCUUCGUGAUAGCAAUGACAUUAAUGCUAGUGUGGCUGCUCGCGAAUGAACAUGAACAGAAUAUCCCUUCCGUUGGAUGUCCUUUCAAUCUAACUUGUACACAUGAUAACAACAAGCAUAUUCUUGAACUACCUGCUCAUCCAAUCCCUAUAAAACUCCGCGUUAGUUACAUUAACUACACAUCGCAAGUACUUGAAGCACAUGAUCUUGAAAAUUGUCUUCCUCGACUCUUACUUCAGCAGUACAAUUUCUCUUCAUCAAUUUAUCCUUUUCAGAUUGUCUCUUCAACGCCUUCACAAUUUGAUGAUUUUAACAAUAUUAGUUUCUUUGAUUGUUCUGCACUACGAAAACAUCACCUGACAGACGACUAUAUAUAUUAUUGGAACUACGAAAGUGUGCAGCAGGACAUGAUCUCUUGCCCAAUUUAUGUCGCAGGAUUUGACGAAGAUAUAGUUGAAUCAAACCUUGUAUCUUGCACCAAACUGCCUGAACGAGUUUUGCCCCUUAAUCUUCCGGGAGAUUCUGUGUAUGGGAUACAACAAAACUCAAUGUUACUGUCAUGGUCGGAAACAAAUCUUGACAAAGAAUGUUUAAAAUGUAAGCACAGAUCAAAGAAGAAGACUAUAACUAUUCUUUUGUCUUCUGCAGGUGUAAUCAUUGGUUCGACUGUAUUUGUUCUUCUAUUUGGUGCCAUUUUUCAAAUAUAUUGGUAUUUUAAGAUGAAAGGUGAAGAUCAUGAAAGAAUUGAAAACUUUUUGAAGGAUUACAGAGCUUUAAAGCCAACUAGAUUCUCUUAUGCAGACUUAAAGAGAAUUACACAUAAUUUUAAGGAUAAGUUAGGCGAAGGAGCUCAUGGAGCUGUUUACAAAGGUAAAUUGUCGAACCAAAUUCUGGUUGCUGUGAAGAUUCUUAAUAAUGCAGAGGGUGAUGGGAAGGAGUUCAUAAAUGAAGUGGGAACCAUGGGCAAAAUCCACCAUCUCAAUGUCGUCCGUUUGCUUGGCUUCUGCGCAGAUGGAUUUCGCCGUGCUUUAGUUUAUGACUUUUUUCCAAAUGGUUCGUUGGAGAAAUUCAUUUCUCCUUCGAACAACAAAGAUAAUUUCCUUGGAUGGGAAAAAUUACAACAAAUUGCUCUAGGCAUAGCAAAUGGUAUUGAGUAUCUCCACCAAGGUUGUGAUCAAAGAAUUCUACACUUUGACAUCAAUCCUCACAAUGUUUUGAUAGAUGACAAUUUCAUUCCCAAAAUCACAGAUUUUGGUUUGGCUAAAAUGUGUUCGAAAAAUCAAAGUAUUGUAUCCAUGACUACAGUUAAGGGAACAUUAGGCUACAUGGCACCUGAAGUUUUUUCAAGAAACUUCGGAAAUGUCUCGUAUAAGUCUGAUAUAUACAGUUACGGUAUGUUGUUAUUGGAGAUGGUUGGAGGAAGAAAGAAUACAAAAACAACGGGUGGUGAAGAAAAUGUUCAAGUUGUGUAUCCAGAUUGGAUCCAUAAUUUGCUGAAAGCAGAAGAUAUACAAAUCCCUAUUGAUGAAGAGGGAGAUUUUAGAAUUGCAAAAAAAAUGGCAACAGUGGGACUUUGGUGUAUCCAAUGGCACCCUUUGCAUCGCCCGCCAAUGAAAACUGUGGUACAAAUGCUUCAAGGAGAGGGGGACAAGUUAAAAGUACCAUGCAAUCCUUUUGAACCUACAACUACAACUAAUACAACUGCAAAUAUUUUUGUAGAACGUAUGAAUUUGGAGUUGGAUGUGAUUCAAGAAUUAGAUUAGAUAUAGAUACUAGUUAUACUAUACAUAUGUAUAUUGAAUAAUUUUUCAUUGUCGAUGGCUUGUUAUUUUUCAACAAAGUAUUAUGCUUGUGAAUUUAGGGACAUGUACAAUGAUAUGAAAAUGUCAUUUGAAAAUUUCAGUAUCACAUGCAAAUAGUUGCGGCCUCAUAAUGUUAUCUCAA